AUGUAUCCACUGAGCAUGCUUGUUGAGAGCAGUGGUCCAGAGAUGUACUACCUCAAGAAAAUCAGGCAUUUGAGGACACAUACAAAAGAAAAACCAUAUUCUUGUGAAAUUUGUAAAAAGUCAUUUUCUCAAAAUGGAAAUUUAAAGAUCCAUUUGAGGACACAUACUAAAGAAAAACCAUAUUCAUGUGAAAUUUGUAAGAAGUCAUUUUCUCGGAGUGGGAAUCUAAGAAUGCAUUUGCGGAUACAUAUUAAAGAAAAACCGUAUUCUUGUGAAAUUUGUAAAAAAUCAUUUGUUCAGAGUGGAAGUUUACAGAGUCAUUUGAGGACACAUACUAAAGAAAAACCAUACUCUUGUGAAAUUUGUAAAAAGUCAUUUUCUCGGAGUGGAAAAUUGAAGAUCCAUUUGAGGACACAUACUAAAGAAAAACCACAUUCUUGUGAAAUUUGUGGAAAGUCAUUUUCUGGCAUUGAAAAUUUAAAGAGGCAUUUCAGGGCACAUACUAAAGAAAAACCAUACUCUUGUGAAAUUUGUAUGAAGUCAUUUUCUCAGAGUGGAAGUUUGAAGAUCCAUUUGAGGACACAUACUAACGAAAAACCAUACUCCUGUGAAAUUUGUGAGAGGUCAUUUUCUCACAGGGGAAGUUUAAAGAAACAUUUGGUUGAAGGUUUACAGAGCCAUUUGAGGACACAUACUAAAGAAAAACCAUACUCUUGUGAAAUUUGUAGAAAGUCAUUUUCUCAGAGUGGAAAUUUAAGGAAGCAUUUGAGGACACAUACAAAAGAAAAACCAUAUUCUUGUGAAAUUUGUAAGAAGUCAUUUUCUCGGAGUGGGAAUCUAAGAACGCAUUUGCGGAUACAUAUUAAAGAAAAACCGUAUUCUUGUGAAAUUUGUAAAAAAUCAUUUGUUCAGAGUGGAAGUUUGAAGAUCCAUUUGAGGACACAUACUAACGAAAAACCAUAUUCUUGUGAAAUUUGUAACAAGUCAUUUUCUCACAAGUGGAAUUUGAAGAUCCAUUUGAGGACACACUCUAAUGAAAAGCCAUAUUCUUGUGAAAUUUGUGAGAAGUCAUUUUCUCACAGGGGAAGUUUACAUAGCCAUUUGAGGACACAUACUAAAGAAAAACCAUACUCUUGUGAAAUUUGUAAAAAGUCAUUUUCUCGGAGUGGAAGUUUGAAGAUCCAUUUGAGGACACAUACUAAAGAAAAACCAUACUCUUGUGAAAUUUGUAAAAAGUCAUUUUCUCGGAGUGGAAGUUUGAAGAUCCAUUUGAGGACACAUACUAAAGAAAAACCGUACUCUUGUGAAAUUUGUAAGAAGUCAUUUUCUCACAGGGGAAUUUUAAAGAAACAUUUGGUGACACAUACUAAAGAAUAAUCACAUUCUUGUGAAAUUUGUGGAAAGUCAUUUUCUUUUAGUGGAAAUUUACAG